GGCUCGGGGCUGAGCGAGCGUCCCGGCGCCGGGGCUCCGGGAAAGGCGGCUGCGGCUCCUGAGCGUCGCCCUGCUCCCUGCCACUGCCGCAGCCCGGCCACCUCUUUGCCAUGGCUCUGGCGGACAGUACACGUGGACUACCCAACGGGGGUGGCGGCGGGGGCGGCAGCGGCUCGUCGUCGUCCUCCGCGGAGCCGCCGCUGUUCCCCGAUAUCGUGGAGCUGAACGUGGGGGGCCAGGUGUAUGUGACCCGGCGCUGCACGGUGGUGUCGGUGCCUGACUCGCUGCUCUGGCGCAUGUUCACGCAGCAGCAGCCGCAGGAGCUGGCCCGGGACAGCAAAGGCCGCUUCUUUCUGGACCGGGACGGCUUCCUGUUCCGCUACAUCCUGGAUUACCUGCGGGACUUGCAGCUGGUGCUGCCCGACUACUUCCCCGAGCGCAGCCGGCUGCAGCGCGAGGCCGAGUACUUCGAGCUGCCUGAGCUCGUGCGUCGCCUCGGGGCGCCCCAGCAGCCCGGCCCGGGGCCGCCGCCGCCCCCGCGGCGCGGGGUGCACAAGGAGGGCUCGCUGGGCGACGAGCUGCUGCCGCUCGGCUACGCGGAGCCCGAGCAGCAGGAGGGCGCCUCGGCCGGGGCGCCGUCGCCCACGCUGGAGCUGGCCAGCCGCAGCCCGUCCGGGGGCGCGGCGGGCCCGCUGCUCACGCCGUCCCAGUCGUUGGACGGCAGCCGGCGCUCGGGCUACAUCACCAUUGGCUACCGCGGCUCCUACACCAUCGGGCGGGACGCGCAGGCGGACGCCAAGUUCCGGCGGGUGGCGCGCAUCACGGUGUGCGGCAAGACAUCGCUGGCUAAAGAGGUGUUCGGGGACACCCUGAACGAGAGCCGGGACCCCGACCGGCCCCCGGAACGCUACACCUCGCGCUAUUACCUCAAGUUCAACUUCCUGGAGCAGGCCUUCGACAAGCUGUCUGAGUCGGGCUUCCACAUGGUGGCGUGCAGCUCCACGGGCACCUGCGCCUUUGCCAGCGGCACCGACCAGAGCGAGGACAAGAUCUGGACCAGCUACACCGAGUACGUCUUCUGCAGGGAGUGAGCUCCCCAGACCCCCUCGUGACUCCAGCGCCCAGUCCCCCUCCGUCCUGUCCGGGAGAUGGUUAUAGAUCCCCCCACGUCCCCUGCCCUCUGUCCCCGGGACCCCCCCGACCCCCCCCCCAGUAGCCCACCCUACUUCAGAACCUGCAGCCGCAGAUCCUCUCGGCUUCUCCGUCUUCUUUGGACCCGACUAACCGAGAGCGCCCAGAUGUACCCCCACCCCUCACUACCUGGAUUCCCUGCCUCAAACCGCCCCUCCCCAGAUCGCACUUCAGGCUGGAUCUAGGGGGGCAGUGUGGCCACAGAGUCACCAAGUACUUGGGAAUGAUUGAAUUGUUCAGAACCUGAUUGGACCGUGUCCAGUGUGUAGAAGAUUCCUUGAAAUCUUCUCGAGCCCUUAUGACUCAUUCGCGGUUUAAGAGAUCAGGACUGAUAACACUGUCUGGGGAUAGUGUUUUGAAAGGUCAUUACACAAUCUUUUUGACCCUCUUUAAAGGCAGAGUUUUAGAAGGCUGAAUGGAAGCCUCUGAUCCUGGAAUUAGGACCGCAUGGAGGCAGUUCAGUGACUGAGUAAAGUUUUGAGAAGUUACAGGUAGAAGCAGAAUCUAGUGCUGGCACAGUGAAGGAUCGUAUCUUUUCCAUACAGAUAAAAGAUCUUCGCCUGUGACUUAUACUUGUAGAAAGUGAUCCUCCUGCCUGCGGAGGCGCCCUUUCUCCUCGGCUCAUCGCCAGAAGCUUCUGGUUCAGCUGGUUGACAUGGUAGCUGUUACUGGCAAGAGAGAGAAAGGGCACCGCCUCCCGGAGGGCGACGCUGCCCUGGUCUCCAAGCGCUGCGGGAAGUCACUUGGCAGUGACUGUAACGGAGCUGGGCAGGGAUGCACGCCGCGGGUGUUAGGAAAGCCCGUAUUCUUGUGGUGAAUGGCAGUAGGACCUUCCUUAGCUUAAGA